AUGUCAAACGAUCAUAUUUUAUGGAAAAUUAAAAUAUAUAUGUCAAUGAUUUCUCUAGGUCAACCAUGUACACUUCAAUUUUUACCUGCACUUCAAAUAAUAACAAUGCCCGAAAAUACUCAACCAGGAAGUCUUGUUGCACGUCUGCAAAUCACUGGUACAUCAUCUGAAAUUGCAACUCGACUUAUUUAUAAUAGUUCCGAUGUAAAAACAAAUGGAACUGAUUAUUUUACAUUAAAUUUUACUGAUCUUUAUUUACGUUCUCCUCUUGACUAUGAAUGGUGGACAUCAAAUAGUUAUCCAAAUCCAUUUCGUUUUAUUGUUGAAUGCACAAUUUUAGCUGAUGAAUCCAUACAUGAUAUUGAUUUUCAACUUGAUCUUAUUGAUAUUAAUGAUAACCCACCUCGAUUCUCCCAACCGAUUUUUUAUAUAAACCUAACUGAAACAACACCCAUUAAUUCAAUCAUAUCAACAUCUAUAUCAGCUUCUGAUCCUGAUUCGGGUGUAUCAGGCACAUUUUCAUAUUAUUUACAAAAUAAUUCCUCUUCUUUUAUUUCCUAUUUUCGAUUGGCAAGUUCAACAAAUGCAAGUAUUAUUUUAACUCGACCUCUUGAUUAUAAUUCUAUGAUACCAAAUAUUAAUCUAACAAUUUCUGCACAAGAUAAUGGAAAUCCACCACUUUCAUCUCAAGCAAUUAUUUCAAUACAUCUCAUUGAUGUUGAUAAUUUAGAUCCAAAAUUUCAAGUCUCAACAUCUUACAAUGUUAAUAUUUCUAUUGAUACAAGAAUUGGAUAUGAAGUAGUACCCAAUGAAGGUCGAAUAUAUGCUUAUGAUCAAGAUAUUGGAAUAAAUAGUACAAUACUCUAUUCUUUUUUAACAUCAAAUAUUUAUUUUACAAUCGAUAAAUAUACUGGAAUUCUAACCCUUCAAUCACCUUUUGAUUCAAUAACACAAUUCGAUUUAUUAAUUAAAGCUGAACAAGAAAAUGAUCCUAAUAAAUCCGUAACAACUGUGUUACAUGUUAAUGUUUAUGAAUUAAAUCUUUAUCCACCAAGAUUUCUUUUGUUACCAUAUACAAUAAUUGGAUAUACAAUAAAUAGUCUUGAUCAAAUACCAACAUUUAAUGGAACGAUCAGUGAUUUAGAUAUAAAUCCAAGAUUAGCUUAUGGUUAUUCAUGUGAUUUAUCACCACUCAAUUUACAAAUUAUAAAAACUAGUCUUCGUCAAUUUCGAGUUCAAUUAAUGAAUUUUCAAAAUCUUCCAGUAUGUCAAUCUUGUUCAUGUAUUUUAAAUGUAUCUGAUGGACAAUAUUCGGAUCAAGCAUAUCUUAAUAUUUAUUUAUAUACACCAAUAUCAUUUUUAAUGAAUUCUUAUUUAUUCUCAGCUGAUUAUCCACUUAAUGAUUCAUUAACAACUAUUGGUACUGCUCAAAUUGUUAAAGAUAAUCGUUGUCAAGUGCAAUAUUUUCUAGUUGGUCAAUAUAAUUCCAUAUUUUCUAUUUCCUCUGCAGGUAAUUUAACAUGGUUAAAUUCCUCAAAUUCACCAAUACAAGAAGCAUAUCAAUUUCAAAUUAUUGCUCAACAAAUAUGUUCAACAUUAAAAAUGAAUAUAUCAACGGAUGUAAUUGUUACAAUUCGUAAUUUUCCAUUAAAUAUAAUUCCAACAUCAACAUUAAUUACAUCACGAUCAACAGAUAAUAGUACAACAUAUGCUAUUAUAGCAAGUGUUAGUGCAUUUAUACUUAUUAUAGUUGCAAUAUUAUUUAUUAUUAUUUAUUAUAAUAUACAACGUGCUAAACAUCGUGUUCCACCAUUUUUUAAAAUUCGUCAAAAUUCAUCUGCACAAGGUUUAUCAUUUUUAAAAUCUAAAACUCCAAUUAAUGAAUCAUCACCAUAUGCAUUAGGUGUACGUGAUGAUGAUUCAUCACAUAGUAGUGAUCAAACAUCAUCAUCUCCGAUAAAUAAUCGUCUUCUAUCAGGACAUUAUAAAGUUAGUGAACCACCAAUAAAUACAACAAUUGAAGAAUUAUUAUCUACAUAUGAUAAUCGUUCAACAAGUAGUUCAUCAAGUUCUUCUGACAUGUCUGAUCGACCUGCGCCAACAAAUGCAGGAUCAUUUCGUACAACUGUACGUGAAACAAAUGAUCAUCAACAUUUAGAUACAAUCAAUGAAGAUAUACAAUGGGUUAAUAAUCAACAACAACAACAACAACAACAUCAAAGACGUUCAAUAGAUCUAAGACGUCAAGUUAUACCAGAAGAUUCUAUGGAUAUUAUAUCAGAAUCUCAUGAGGUAGACAAUAAAUUAAAACCAAACACUAACGCUUAUCUUGCUUGCUCUAAAUCUAAUAAUUUUAUUAAUCAUGUGUGUACUUAUUGUUAUUCAUUAUUAUCGAGCACGUCAACUCACUUAUUAUUAUCUUCCUCUUCUCCCUCCUCCUCAGGUGCGACAACCAUUGAUGAUGCUUGUCGACAACAAACAACAUCACCAACAACAGUUGAAUCAUCGAUCAGUGGUGCUGGUACCGAUAUUGGCACAUCAGCAUCAGCAUUAUUACAACAACAAUUUAACACGAGAAAUGUACACAGUCGACAUUUAAACGAGUAUUUGACAGUGUUUGUAUAG